GUUACGGAUUAAACUCACCCGUAAUUUGUGAAAUUCCCCGAGCUAGAUAAAACCCAACCCUAAUCCCAUGCUCCACUCGGCAACAGUCAAGGUAAUUAAAACCUAAAGCAGCCUUUUAAUCUCUCCACCGAACUGUUCCGGACCUGGGAUGCUAAAGCGGCGCAUCUCUCCCUACUAUGAGAGGCGUGUGCUUAAGCAACUAGAGGGCAAUUCUACGGGACAAAACAAAGCGGCGCCAUUGAGAGCUGCUCGUUCGAGGCGGCUGGUGAAAUCAAACAGGAAGGCGGCAUCGUCCCAACUACGAGCGUUCAUUCGUCCGAGCGGGAUCUGUUCGUCUGAGAGUAAGGCCUCUAUUGGUCCAACAAUCUCGCCCAAGGGGGAUCUUCCUGAAGAGACGGGAAUCCCUCCCUAUUACGAGAGCAGCUACCUUGACCAGGCUGCUUGCGAUUUAAUGGACUAGGAGCGACCAGGAGAUCGCGCGCGGAUGGAGGACUGUUAGCGGCGGCCAGGCUGGGUGCUUGCGAUUUAAUGGACCAGGCUGCUUAAAGCAACUAGCUUAAACAAGCAGGAGAUUGCGGCGGAUGGAGGACUGCUAGUGGCGGCGCCUACUCUCUCUACGACGAGAGGUGCUAGCUUAAGCAAGCAGGACCAUUAGUGGUGACCAUUAUUUCUGCACGGCGCCAAGAGAGGUGCUAGCUUAAGCAAGCAGGACCAUUAGUGGUGAAGCAAAUUCAAGCAAGCAGGAGCCGAUUCAGCAGCUUGGCGAUUCAGCAGGAGAUUGAUUGGCGGCGGCCAUUAUUAAGCAGGCAGGAGGAGGCCAAUUAUUAAGCAGGCAGGAGGCGGCACCUAACCAAGCAUGUGGUGUCGGCAAAUUCGGGCAAAAGCGCAUAAUCAAGCCAGUUCCGACGGAAGUAAGGUGAGUGUAAAGGGGGUAAAUUCUACGCCUUACGUGUUCUUUCAAGAAUUGCAAGUCUUGAGUAUUUCGAUGAAGUGAAUGUCGUUGUUGGAUUGUGCUUAUGGUUGAUUAUAUGUGAUUUUGUUUGAGCUAUGCUUGAUGUGAAUGUGCAUGAGUUCUUAUAUAAAUUUGAGCUUUAAGUUUAUAAGUUAUUGUUGAAGUUAAGAAACAAGUUCUUUUUAGGAAGUAACUCACCUUCAAGAAGGUGAAGUCGUUUUAAGUGUUUUUAGUCACUAGCGCCAGUCCGUUGCCUUUUGAGACAGUUUGAGAUAGAGCAGCAGUUAUGCUCUUGAGACAUUUAAGAUGGGCAGCAGUUAUGCCCUUGAGAAUCGUGGUGGAGAGCCACCACGAUAAGUUUAAGAUGUUAGGGGGAUGAAUCGUUACGACUUCCCUAACUAAGUUUAAGUUUAAGGAAAUCGGACUAGCUAGUGAGGGAUCCCAGUGUCAGUCAAGUAUUUGAGUCAAGCUUUGAGAUUUAAGAGUGGAGUAACAGUAACUCCCUUUCAGUUUUAAGAGUUAAGAUUUUUAAUAGUGGAAGUACAAAACAACUUCCACUCAGUUAAGUAAAGUGAUCAAGCAUUAAUAAGAUGUUAAACGUAAG